UUGUUAUGGUUGCGGAUUCGUAAUACAUGUUGAAAAUUCCUUAAAAAUUCUAUUUAUCUUUUGUCAUAUUAUCCUAAAGAAAUGGGCAUUAAUGUUUUCUUUUUUUAAAUUAUAAUCAGUUAUCUAUUCAUUGAUGUGUGAAAUAUUCCGUAACUUCCGGUUUCAAUAUCUUUGACAUUUCGAAACUGAUUUUUGAAGGUCUGAUUUUUUGGAUUUCAUAUUUCAGAUUAUGGGUCAAGUUUAAAAAAUUAUGGCAGAAGAUGCUGAACAGAGUUCUUCUUCAUUAUCAACCAGUGAAGAAUUUGAAAUCGUUGGUAGUUCUGAAACUGCACUUAAUAAAUCAGAAGAAAAGUUGAAUAAAAAAAGUUCAGAUGAAAAAAAUAAAACUGCCGAAGAUGUAUCUACUGUGGCUUCCAACACUAAUAUUCCUGUUACUACUGCUGGACAAAAAGCACCUGUAAAAAAUAUUCGUUCAGAGAAACAAUUGAAAGGGGAACUAGUCAUGGAUCAUCCAUUAGCUUUGCCCAUUCCAACUGCACCAGCCCAAUCUAAUACAACUUCUGGUUCACAAGAACAAAAUGAUGCAACUAAAUCUCCUGAGUCUAAUACUACUGGUGGAAAGAUUGGUGUAACUCCUUCUAUGAGUUCUUUAGAAGAAAUUAGUCUUUCUCAGUCUUCAUCUUUGCAAUUUGCUGAAACAGAUUGCUCACUUUUCCCUCAUAUAACCUAUCUUGGAUGUGCUGUUAUUAAUGCACCAAGAAGUGAAAUAGAAAUUCAAAGAAAUAUGAGCAUUCUUAAUCAACAAGCUUCAGACCAGGCCAUAGAAAUAACACUUUCUGUUCCUAGUCACUCUGAAGGUUCUGUAAUCUUGCUGGACUCUGAUGGUUCCAAUGAAAUAGCCAGCUUUCUUAUCCACUGCAUUUUAUUUUGUGCUCGUGGAAGACCUGAAACUCCUGAAAGAGAAUGUUUUGCAUUUGCUUGUAGUCAUGGGGAGACUGCAGAAACUUCAAUAUUUCACUGUCACAUUUUUAAAUGUGAUAGUCCAGAAACUGUGGUAAAACUCUUACAAUGCUUUGCUGCUGCAUUUCAUCGCAUCCCCAAAUUUUCACAGGGUCGUGCAAGUUCCAUAUCUUCUGAAAAAAAUAUACCUGUUGGUUACUCUGUCAAAAACACUCAACAAGUUUUUGUAUUUGAAACUAUUUUGGAUAUUAAAGAAGAAGAUCUCAAAGGGAAUUUUGUAUCUUGUCCUAGAGAAAAAGAUUUCUUCAAAUUUAGAUGCAAUCUGGAAAAAAUGUUGACUGUUACUAUUAGUCAAAUAUCAAAUAAUAAGGAACUCAAAUUAUUAAAUUGUUUUGGAUUAUUAAUCAGUCCAGGUAGAAACUUGGCCCAUUCAGAAAUGCAAGCUUUGGAAGGGGUAUUAACGAAUAUGGUAUUAAAUGGAGAUAAAACAGUUUAUCAUAUUUCUGCUAACUGGAAUCCAGCUGAUCCAGUAUUUGAAGUGCUGAAUACUCCUACAACAAGAGACAACCAAGUCUAUUUGAGUGUUGCUGUGGAUUUAGUAUUUGCUGGAAUUGAUGAACCUACCCGAUUUGUGAUGGAAACAAAAGCUAAAAUCUUCAAUACAAAUGAAAGAUUUUGGUAUUUUUCGAAAAAGGCCUAUCAUGAUCAGUUUUACUUACGAUUAAAAGAGUUAGAGAAUGAUGCAGGUGAUAGAAACACUCUUUAUGAAGUGGUUAGCUUAGAAAAUUCUGCACGCAAAAAAUUUCCAUCAGCUUUAUAUGGUCAAGGAAGUGACCAUUCUUUAGCAUCUCAUGACCAAGACACUGAAUCAGAUAAUGAUGAACCAUUGCCAAGUGGAACUGGGGAAGUCAGUAAAGAAUGCUCUUCAUUUGAAUUGGAAGGAUGGGCUGAAGUUUUGCAAAAAUGGAGAUUAAAUCUUAAACAAAGGCCAAAACAAUUAGCUCCCUUAGUUAGAAGAGGUAUUCCUGAAGCUCUUCGAGGUGAAGUUUGGCAAUUACUUGCUGGCUGCAUAGAUGACCGGCAAAUAGUUGACACAUACAAAAAUUUAAUUUCUAAAGAAUCUUCUUGUGGUAGUGUUAUUCAAAGAGACAUUAACCGAACUUUUCCAGCCCAUGAUUACUUUAAAACAAUUGGAGGAAUUGGUCAAGAAUCGUUGUACAAAAUAUGCAAGGCUUAUUCAGUCUAUGAUCCAGAAAUUGGUUAUUGUCAAGGACAGUCAUUUCUUGCUGCUGCCCUGCUGUUACAUAUACCUGAGGAGCAAGCAUUUAGCAUACUUGUAAAAAUCAUGUUUGAAUAUGGUUUAAGAAAUCUUUUCAAAAAUGGAUUUGAAGAAUUGCAUUUACAUCUCUAUCAGUUAGAAAAACUCAUUGAGGAACAAAUUCCUGAAUUGCAAGCUCAUUUUACAGAUUUGGGUAUUGAAAUGCACAUGUUUGCAUCUCAGUGGUUCCUUACCCUUUUUACAUCAAAAUUUCCUCUGAUUGUUGUAUUUUAUAUUUUGGACAUUUUCUUAUUAGAUGGUAUUGACACUCUAUUCCAGGUAGCUUUAGCUUUGUUAAUGUUGUCAAGAAAAGACUUACUAGCUUUGGAUUUUGAAGGCAUUUUGAAGUAUUUUAGAGUUACUCUUCCCAAAAAAUACAGAAGUGAAAAUAAUGCAAGAGAAUUACUUUCUGCUGCAAUAAAUAUAAAAGUUAAAAAACUGAAGAAGUAUGCCAAAGAUUAUUCUUCUUUGAAAGAGCAACGAAAGUUCCAAGAGGAUCCUGUCUCUAAACUUCAAAAAGAAAACAGUCGGUUCCAGCUAAGUAAUCUGAGAUUAGAGCAUGAAAAUGAUGAUUUGGCAAAUGAGCUUAUUAAUGUUAAAACACAGCUUGGAAAUGAAUUAAAAUCAGCCUUAGAAAAAGUGGAAUCAUAUUGUAAGGAAAUGAGUACAACAAAAAAGUCUUUGACAGAAUUAGAAGAUGAAAAGAAAAGACUGGAAAUUGAAGUAAACCAAUUAAAAGAGUUGUGUAGAAGAGAACUGCAGCAAGCAGAAAGUGAAAUUUCUCGAAAUAACAAUAUCAUAUCUGAAUAUAAACAGAUAUGCAGUCAGCUUAACUGUAGAUUAGAAAAGGAGCAAAAGGUGUUUCAGGAUUUUGUGAAUUCAGUUAAGGAAGAAGUUGAUGGCUGUGAAAGAUGCUCUCAGAAGUUAUUUUCUUCCAACAAUGCUAUUAUCAAAACAAAUAGCAAUUUGACAAAUGGCUCAAAUGUUGAUGUUGUAGAUAAUGACAGACAAGUACGUGAGUUGGAACUUGAAUUAGCACAGACCAAACUGGCUUUAGUGGAAGCAGAAUGUAAAAACCAGGACCUCAUUCAUCAACUUAACAAUGCAGUUGCUGAAAUUCAAGCUUCAAAAAAUACUUGGUUACAUAAAACAUGGUCUUCCUUAAAAGAUGUAACCAAGAAAGAAGGUUCUUCUGCAGCUGAGACUAAAGAUUCUACCUGAUUUUUCAAAUUGUCAUAUAUUAUUAGUCAUUCCACUCAUUCCCUUUUGUUAUUUGCAUUUAUUUAUGAAACACUAUAUUGCUUACAUUCCAGAUACCAAGCUUAUAUGAUGACAGUGCCAUCUGUUAAGAUUUUUGUAUAAAAUUGUGCACUUUAGAGUAUUAUUAAAGCUUAUAGUUCUUAUUAUUUUAAAGCUGGAAUAUAUGUAUGUAAACAAAAGAUUUUAUUAUCAACAUAUUACCCAGCAAAUUAAAAUUUGAAUAAAAAGAACUUCUGCACUCUUUUGAACCAAGAAAGUAUUUAUGUUCAAUGUGUGCAGUAAUAGUGCCAUUUUGUAUAUAAUAUUGUAUAUAAUUUUAUAUUUAGUAACACAUUGACAUUAUUUUAUAAAAAUGCAAAAUAUUUUUGGUUUAUUAAAAUUUAUUUUAUUUGUAUGCAUGUAGUUAUUCAGGUUUGCAUUGAGUAGUUACAUAGCAAGCAUCCAGAAUGCUAAGUUAAUAUGUAUUCAUUUAAGGAAAUUGUACGUUUAUAUAUCUAAAUAAAACAGCUGAUUAGGGAAAAAAAUUUACUGAUACACUUAGCUUGAAAAAAAAAGAAAAACUCUUUUUUGCUGUUUAAUAUAAUCUUUUAAUGGUAUGUAACUUAGAAAUAUUUUCUAUGCUUUAUAAAUAGUUUGAAAGAAUUUUUCAUCAAUUUUUUGAAUUCUCACAUCUUUAUAAUUUAGUUUUAUUGAGUAGACAUGAGGGAACAAUUUGUUUUCUAGUCUUUAUGAAUAUGUUGCCAAUAAAAAUGAAAUGUAUGCUGCCUAAAAACUUGAAGACAAAUCAGAUAUAGAGAUUUUUUAAUUAUGUUAUUUACAAUAAUGUGAUAUAUUGUUAAAGUUAUUAUGGUAUAACAUGCCUAUUAUCUAUGUGAAGCGAUACAAUAUUUUAAUGUGUAUAAAAAUUGUUCCAUGACAUGUCUUUCGAAAUAUUCGAAUAUUAAUAUAAUCCAUAUUCUUAUUACUCAUAUUUGUUUCUGUAUUUUAUUUUGAAAUAUAUAUUUAUACUCUUUGUAA